AUGCCUUCAAAGCACAUAUUCGAUGAAGCCUUCGCCCAGAGGCCCGAUCUCCGCCAAAGGGUACUUGGCGCCAUUGCCAAAGCCCCUGAGCAGGAGAGCCUCUUCGGAGACAUUGCCCACUACAUUAAGCAUGUACAGAAUGCUUCCAUCCAGGAACAGUUCAAGGGCCAGGAUGAGCAACCGUUCAAGAAGAGAAAAUUGGAACACCGGCCAAUUGACACUGGGGGAUGGGACAAGAAAAACGUUUGCAAGGUUACCGACGUGUCUUUCUCAAUCCCUCAGCGGAAGAAGCUGCAUCUGAGUAUCAACAAAUCAGCCUCCUCGGGAUUGCAUGCAAUCAAUGCAUCCGGGACUUCUGAAUUCGGUGUCAGUUGGGAGUGGGUUCGGGACAUCGUUUGUCUACCAGUCCCUGAAAAGGCCCAAGCACAAUACAACUUUUGCAUCUUCUCAACCACUGCGGAUGGACUUGCCCCUGAUCAAAUCGUCUGGACGGUUCCGGAUAGCGUGCCUAAGGACGGUACCUUUGUAGGUUUGACGACUUCUCCGGGCGAGACAUGCCGCACGCUUCUGAUCACCGUUCUCAACGAAGCUCUGAAACCCUACAAGAAGCGGGUCAUAGAACCGGAUAAGCAAGAAUUUGCGAGUCAGGUGGUACAAGCACACCGAAGGGGGGAACCAGCAUACCACAUCAAAGCCUUUCGAGGUUCCAAAGAUGGCUUUCUAUUUCUCCUGGCCAACGGCAUAUUCUGGGGCUUCAAGAAGCCUUUAGAGUUCUUCUCAUUCGAUAGCGUUGACUCUGUGUCUUACACCUCGGUUUUACAGCGCACCUUCAACCUCAACAUUGCUGCUCGCGCCGCCACGGAUGCCGAGCCUCAAGAAUUCGAAUUCUCCAUGAUUGACCAGGCCGACUUCGCUGGUAUAGACGACUACGUGAAGCGUCACGAGCUGCAGGAUGCAAGCAUGGCUGAGCAGCGGCGGGCCAAGAAGUUGAACGUCAACGGGCUCAAGGGGAAUGAGACGAAGCAGGAGGGUGUCGAUCAAGAAGAAGGGGAGCUCGAGAAAGCAACGAGAGAGGCGGAAGACCUUGAAGAUGAAGAGGAGGAUGAUGAAAACUUUGAUCCCGGUAGCGAGGGUGAGAGCGAGGGCAGUGGAUCCGGUAGUGAUGAGGAUGAAGAUGAGCGUGAGGGCAGAGCGGGAAGCAACGUGGUUGACGAGGAGCUGGGCAGUGAGGCUGAGAGUGCUUAG